AAGAAGAAGAAGAAGAAGAAUUCAGCAGUCUAUUGUUUUUAUAGAGAAAAAUGUUGCUCUGUUAAAGGAGAGAAUGGCCUUCUGUUCUGAGUCCUCUCCUGCUCCUAGUGUCCACUUUCCAACAGUUCACAACCACAUCAAGAAACCACCAAGCCAUCAAGGGGAUUGCAUCACAUUGUUGAAGCCAGAAGAGAUUAAAUGUGAGGAUGUGGUGUCUGAAAUCUCCAAUACUCAAACAUCUUCUGCAACACUCUGCACCAACCCAUCACCCAGCAUCACACAUGAUGAGGAAAGAAUGGCUUCCUGUUCCGAGUCCUCUCCUGCUCCUACUGUCCACAUUCCUGCAGUUCUAAUUCACUUCCACAACCACAUCAAGAAAUCACCAAACCACCAAGAGGAUCACAUCACAAUGUUGAAGCCAGAAGAGAUUAAAUGUGAAGAUGUGGCGUCCGAAAUCUCCCAUACUCAAUCUUUUGCUAUACUCCAAACCAACACAUCACACAAACACACAUAUGAUGAGGAAAAAAUGGCCUCCUGUUCUGAGUCCCCUCCUGUUCCGACUGUCCACUUACCUGCAGUUCUAAUUUACUUCCACAACCACAUCAAGAAACCACCAAGCCACCAAGAGGAAUGCAUCACAAUGCUGAAGCCAGAAGAGAUUAAAUGUGAGGAUGAGGUUUCCGAAAUCUCCAGUACUCAAACAUCAUCUGCUACAGGCUGCACAAACCCAUCACCCAGGACCCAAGAAAACACAGACAAAGGAUUAAAUCACCAGUGCUCAGAGUGUGGAAGGAGUUUUGAUACACUGGGUCAUCUCCAAGUACACCAGCUCAGUCACACAGGAGAGAGACCGUAUCCCUGCUUAUGGUGUGAAAAGAGUUUUACUAAACCAAACAAUCUGAAACAACAUCAGCUCGUUCACACAGGAGAGAAACCGCAUCAAUGCUUAGAGUGUGGACAGAAUUUUGCUAGACAGAGUCAUCUCCGAAGACACCAGCGCAUUCAUACAGGAGAGAAACCGUUUCACUGCUCAGAGUGUGGACAGUGUUUUACUAGACAGACUCAUCUUCGAAGCCACCAAAACAUUCACACAAGAGAGAAACCGUAUCGCUGCUUAGUGUGUGGACAGAGUUUUCUUAGACAGUGUGAUGUCCAAAGACAUCAGCGUUUUCACACAGGCGGGAAACUGUAUCACUGCUCAGAGUGUGGAAAGAGUUUUGAAAGAGAUAAUGGUACCCUCAAGGCACACCUGUGCAUUCAUGCAGGAGAAAAGUCAUGACACAGCUAAUGCUGUGGGAAGAGCUUUAAG